AUGGCGCCGCCAUCCACGAAGGUCUUCCGAGAGUCGCAUGCGCUGCGCUACGGCCUGCGGGUCGUCGGGCGGGACGAGGUGACGGGCGCCGUCACGUGCGUCGUGUGUCUGUUCUGCCGCCACUUCGGGCGCGAGGAGCGGCCGGGCAAGAAGCGCAAGACGCCGAGCACCGUCAAGUACUUCCGCUGCAACUUCCGCACGGACCUGUACCUGCAGCACGUGCUGCUGCAGCACCCGAGCCGCUGGGAGCGGUACAAGCAGUGCUCGGACGAGGACAAGGGCGCCUUCUUCCCCACCGACGUGACCAGACUCGAGACGGACCAGGAGACGUUCGUCAGCUCCGCGGAAGCUGCUGCUGCCGCCAAGCACUCGCCCCUGGAGAGACACUGCUGGUUCCUGAUCCCCAAGAGGAUCGUGGACCUGGUGCAGCCCCCGGCAGCUGCGUGGGGCGGUCGACACUGGCAACCGCCGAGUUUCCGGGUCUGUGAGGUGGUGGAGCAGUCGGUAAAUGGAAAGAGGGGGGCGUUCUACCGCGUUGCGCUGUUCCGUAGAGCGGAGCUGGAUGUGGCGGUGGACUCGCUGGCGACAGGGUUGUCGGUGCAGCAAGCAGCGCGGCAUUUGGCUGCGUUGGAGAAGCGAACGACUGGGGAGAAUUGCGCGGCAACGUCGUUUCCAUGUGUGAAGGAGGGGGAGAUGCGAGAUCUGGCACGGUUGGCAGUGAGUGCGAGUCUGCAGGUUGUCAGUCAGCUACUGGCAGGAACGUGGGGCUUCGGUCUCGUACUGCGAGAGGUGACGGCGGCGCCGACUCUGCCUGGAGCGGGGUACCUGGAUGUUCGUGUUGUGGUGUAUGCGCAAGGUGAAUUGAGGGAUAUCCACGUGAUCGCACUGCCGCAGCUUGAGCGGCGUACGGCUUUCGAGCUGGCUCAAACAAUUGAAACCGUGCUGGACGCUGUUUUCCCGUUGUGGCGGACGAGAGUGCUGGGAAUCUCCCACGACGGACAUCCUGGCACUGGAGGCAGGAACGAUCCACCCCCACCACCAGCAGCGGUGGAUGAUCGAGCUGCUUUUGUCUUACCGUCGAUGUCGACGUCCAGACACCGCACAGCGGAGGUGCUGUCUUUAUUGAAGACUUCAAUAUCGAACUCAACCCCGACGAUCUCAAACCGCGUGCUGUACACUACGUGGGGAGCCUGUCGCCAAGUCUCUCUUGCACUCUCCUCCUUCUACGAGUCAUUGCUAGGAGGGAGCUUUCUCGCGGUUCUGCGUACAGUCAUCGCUUAUGUUCGUCAAAAUCCCGAGCUUCUACAAGAAAUGGGCCAACCGCCCAGUGUGGCCGUCGACCUGGAAAAUAUUGGAGAAUGCAACGACGAAAGUGUGGAUUUGAAUGGGAACGUGGACUGGCUAAGCAUGGGCCUUGAUACGCAGUGGAUCACCGACAAGCGCGUACGCUUGCGAAAGCAUUUGGCGGGACUUUCAAGCUCUUCUACUGCAGCAGCCACUGUUGAUGAUGGCUGGUGGGUGGCGUUUUUCGUAGUACACUGGGUCGCUACCCGAGCCAACGACGCUUUCGACGAGCUGCGGUUGCCUCGGAUUUCGCGUGCACGACAGGCAGAUAUUAUCUCGGAAAUUCUCGUGGAGCUCUUUGCCACUUUCAACAUUCAGAAGGGAGAGCAACCGGAAGGUGAGGGGCAGCGAUAUUUCUCGCCCCAAGGCAAGUUUUCGGUUCUCAAGACGAGCGUGCACGACUUCCUGGGUGACCAGGGAAUUUUUGUUAGCAACGUGGCUGAGGGCUUGGGCUCCACCGCUUUGGACAAAGUGCUGGAGAAUAUUGCUACAUGUGUGCUGAGCCUAGCGGAGUCUCUGUCUGAUCUCAGCGCCACACCUCCAGCGGAGGGGGAGGAUGUUACCAGUGAAGAAUUUGAACUUCCCCCCGUGCUGCCGCAAGACUUGGCUCGGCUAAGCGGGCGUGAGUUCUCUGAGCUGGUAAAGCGGCACGUAGGACAACUGCGCCUCUCACUGUCGGAAGAGGAACUGGACACUCUCGAGAGGGAGUAUGAAGCCUUCCAUCGUGAAGCAAACCGUGAUACAGAGCUAAAGCGGGCGUUGGCUCAGUGCCACAAAGAAUCUCCGUUCGCGCGGGCCUGGGCACUGGCUAAGGGCCGAUUUCCGUUGCUUCAAGCGUAUGCCGGAGGACUCGCCAGUACUUAUGCUGCCCGCGACGUAGUAUGUAGCAUCUCCAUGGUAGGUUUAUCACUGGGUGGGAGUGCCACCGAGGAGGACGAACUGCGUCUUGCUGCUACAGAUUUUGGUCUUGAAGUCGCGUUGCAUACUCGACAAUUUAAUGCGCUUGCAGAUCUUUCACACUCUGACGCUGAAUCAUCAGAGCCGGCUUCUUCCGCUUAA